AUGGAAAGUGAGAGUUGGGCGGAGUUGAGACUGGAAUUUACCCCACUUGUCCGAUUUUUCCUCUCGGAGUCUCUGCUAGGGAAGAGCUGUAAGAUUGUGUGCAAAGCUUUCGGACCGCUAGAGAGCGUUGGCGCUCCAAUUAUUAUCAGCGGAUGGUGGCUGACGUCUGUCAAGGUGCCACUAAGAUUCCAGCACGCAGAAUUCGGUAUGCUGCUACAAAUGACUUCGGCAGGCAGUCUCGUGGAUCUUCGCUUUCUCCCAAUGAGAGCGCUCGGUCUCGGAGUUAGCUUGCAGAUGCCCUGCUAUGCCGAUAAAGAUGCACACGAAUUCGAAAUUACACUCGGGAAAAGAGAUUUCAAGGUCGGAGGAAGUUUUUGUUUACCUAAUGCCACGGAAGAGCAAGCCGAAAUACCAAAGUUCCCUUGUAUGGUUUUUCUGGCGGGCUCGGGGCUAUGUGAUCGAGACUCGACAGUGGAGGAGAACAGGCCUUUCAAAGACCUUGCAUGGGGUCUAGCUCGUCAGGGAAUUGCAUCUAUUCGGUUCGACAAAGUGACUCGCACGUACCCCAAAGCUUUUCGCAAUCGCAAGAAUAUGAUCUUGACCGACGAAUAUGUCGAACACGCAGUCGACGCUAUAUUACAGUGCCAGAACCAUCCGAGUAUCCUUCCUAAUCGAGUUUUUGUUCUCGGACAUAGCCUCGGUGCGGUGGUUGCUCCUAUAAUCGCGGCUAUGGACGCUUCGGUUGCAGGCUGUAUUAUCAUGGCUGGACCGGCGGAGCCAAUGUAUCGAUGUCUGAUCCGACAGCUUCGCUAUAUUCAAUCGUUAGAUGGCCCAGAAGCAUUAUAUCUAAGCAAGCGGAUUGAUGAAAUGCAGGCGCAGGCCGAUUUAGCAGAUAGCGAUCAUCUCACGUUGUCAACGCCCGCUACGCAACUUCCCUUUGGGAUAGGCCCCUCUUAUUGGCUUGACUACCGCAAGGCGGCAGGGACUAUCAAGUCACCGUUCAAGAUGAUUACCAACAAUGGCAAACGGCUCUCCACGGAAAACACAAUGUCCAAUUCCAUUUAUAUGAACAACUAA